AUGAAAGAGAAGAACGGGAGAAGGAAUAAUCCUGGUGGUGGCGGAAAAGUGGAUGGAAGCCAAAAUGGAGGCGCCAGUGGCACGAGUGGUGAUACGAUUGGUGGCACAAUUGACCACCCCAUCAUCGGUGGAAACAACCUUGCCGACAGUGCUUUCCGCGGUUACUCCGAUAACGCAGUCGACAAGGGCCUGGACAUGAGCUGGGAGGUUGGUUGCAACCCCGUGGAGAAUUCCAUGGACGCAUCGAAGCAUGUGGAAGUAUCUGGACAGGUUAAUAUCAGUAAAAAUGAAGGGUUAAAUAAUAACCUGAAGAGCGUGGAUGAGGUAUAUUACGUGGAGGAUAACGAGCAGGUUGUAGAAAAUCUUGAUAAAGAAAAAAAAUGGCCUGAGGGGGGGGAAGAACCCGGGCUGUGCAAUGAUGUGGUAGACAAAGACAAGUCUGAAAAGUACUCGAACAACCAUAAUUGCGAAACUCCUGUGGCGGAAUUAGGCAAGGCUAGUGAAGUAACUGGUGAUCAUUUGAGCCAGUCGAUUAUCGAAAACUUUAAAGGCGGUGUCUGCAGGAGUAGUAGUGGUAGAGGCGAGCACCAAGUAGAGGAGGCAUCUUCCGGCCUUGCCACUGGGGGUAUUACCACUGGGGGUAUUGCCACUGGGGGUAUUGCCACUGGGGGUAUUGCCCCUAGCGAAAACUGCAUGGACAUUCCCCCUGAGGAGCGCCCGCAGUGCCUGCUGCAAAGCUCGGAUGCAAUCAAGUUUAAAAAAAGAGGAAACCACAAAUUUAUUAAAGGUGAAACAAAUCUAAAGAGCGCGAAUGAUGAAGAGAAGGAAGAAGUGGUUGUGUCCAUGGAGAAUAAUGCAAAUCUGCAGAAUCCCGUUGGUAACAUUGGGAUGGGAAAAGUAGGGAGAAAAAAGGGAAGGCAAGGGAAGACUACGAGCAAUGGAAAGGUGGACGAUGGGUGUACCCUUCGUUUUACCUCCGCGGGGUGCAACGUGAAAGAGUACAACAACGGUAAUAGUAUCGGCAAUGGGAUAAGUCACUUGGGGAAAAGUGUAGUGAACAAAGAAGGUGAAAGGAAGAAGGGCGUGCUGCGGAAGGGGAAGAUGAAAACGAAGAAAAAAAAUUCACACAAAAAGAAGUCGAAGGGCACUCUGAAGGGGAACUCGACAAGUGGCCGAGUUAAAUAUGAGACAACCAAUACAGGAAAUCUUAAGGUAAAAAAUGAGAAGAAGAAUUACCUAAAGGACGAACACUCUUAUAACUACAACGGCGAUGAGAAGGGUGACGACUUCAACAGUGGUGCGUGUGGAGGUGAAGUUUUACACGAAGUGAGUAACAAAUUUUCUAAUAUAAAAAUUAGCAAACAUUUUUUUUUAAAAAUGGAUGAUGAUGAUGAGGAGGAGGAGGAAGAAGAAGAAUACGACGAUGGGCGUUCGAGUAGGAACAGUUCUAUGUGUCUGAGCUUAGCGAAAAGGAAUUUCCAGAAAAAAAUUAUCAUCGUGGAUGAGCAUGCCAAUGAGUGGACAGAUGGCACCAGUCAUGUAGGUAACACCGACCAUGCAUCCAGCCCCAGUGGUGGGAUCACAACAGAGGAAACUUCCCCCAUCGGUAAUAAAAUUGAAAAUAAAAUAACGAAAAGAAUUUUAACAAGCGAAGAAAACACAACUCUUCUGAACAACGUGAAGGAAGUAAACAUGAAGAGGUUCAAUUUCACGCAUAUCAUUUCUAGUAAGGAUUCCCUAAUGGAACAGUUUAUGUUAUAUAAUUUGUUUUCCUAUGAUAUUGCUAUAUUGAAAAGUUCGCUAAAGUUUAUUUAUACAUACUGCUUGUUUAAAAACUUAAGGUUGUAUUAUCAGAUGCAAGAUAAGAAUGUAUAUAUAGAUGAAAAGGCGAUUUCUAACUGCCGGAUAAAGGACAAUCUGAUAGACACUCACUCCAUCAUCCUUGCCAUGUAUGAAAAUUAUUACAAACAUUUAAACAGAAGUAAAAUUCCCUUGGAUGAUUUUUUCAAUUUAAAUUAUUUCAACAUUCACAAUGUUAUAUUUUCGAAAAAAAAUGUACAGCACAAUAAGAAUUACGAUGACAGUAUUUUACCGGAGAAGGACAACAGGAAGAUUAGCUCCAUGUAUAAGUUUAGACCUUACCUCUAUUCCAAUUGCUCCAAUGAUGAAAGGGAUUCCCCUGAGAAGGUUGCACCUGUGGAUUCAGAGAAGAAGGAUACCGUUGAUGUGGAAAAUCGGGAAUGCAGUGUCUCUCUUGUGGAAGGAAGUGAGAAUAAGAGGAGGGGAGUUGUCAAAGGGGGAUCGGAAGAGGAGAUUCCCCUAGAGCAGUCCAACUCAAUGAACAAGGAUUCCAUGAAGGAGUGCCUGGAGGUUUUUAAAGAUGCCACCCCUGUAACGUGCAAGGUAGAAGGUGCCCCGUGCACUUCGGAAGAUUUGCCGCAGGAGAGGGAAACCAUGGAUGGGAAAGUCGAUUCGAAGGUGGUGACGAAUGAAAAUGCCAAGCGGGAGGAGGAAUUGUGCAUGCAAAAUGUUGAAGAAGUGAACCAAGUGGAAGAAUUGAACCAAGUGGAAGAAGUGGAGGCGGAUGAUGACCCUCUGCCUAUGCAGAAGGGGCGCAAGAGGAAGAUGCUCAUGGGGGAGAGCAAAGAUAUCGUAUCUGAUUGUACAAGUAAGAAACAGAGAGGGGAAGAAGAUGAUGUGGUGGAGAGAGCGAAAGAUAGUUCGGAUGUAAAAUGUGGAGGUGAUGUUUUACUAGAAGAUGGAAGAAAGAACCAAGUUGGAAGUGAGUUAAUCGAUGGGGUGCUGCCCAUAUAUCAAGUGAAGGAGAAAAUUCCUGAUGUGGUAGAGUGCGUGGAGAAUCCGAAAUGUGAUGAUGCGUCCACAGUAGUGGUCCGCGUAAAGAAUGAAGAAAAGCAAGAAAAGGAAACUGAAGGAAUGAGCAACAAAUGUAUGAUGACCACCCCCCCUGAUGGCGGUAACGAAGAGGAAAGAAUGAUAGUAAAAAGCGAUCAAUGGGAAAAGGAAGAACUCGUAAUGGCGGAUGGGAGGAGGAAGCGAUUAACUCAGAAAUGCAACGAAUCGAUAAAAAAGGGAGAUAUGGCAGAGAGGGGAAAGUACAAAAAGAAAUUGAUGUUGCGGAAUAGAAAUGCCAAGGAGGAAAAGGAAAUGAGGGAGAUGAGGCUGGGGAGGGCGUGUAAAGAAAGAGGGUCGUCGAACGUGUGUAUGAAAAGAGGAAGGAAGAAUUUUUUCUGUAACAAUAAUCUGUCGCUUAUGAAAAAUAGGCGAAGGAGAGGAGGAGGUAUUUCUUCGAUGAAGACAAAGAAGAAGACAGAGAGAACAACCAGGGGGGGCGAAUCCCAUUUUAAAAAAAAUAAUUCAGAUGAUGAUGAUACAGAUUAUGAAGAAGACGUAAGUGAGCUAGAAAAUGUGAAUGUAAUGCUAUUGGAGAGGAUAAAGAAUAAUUACAAAAGGAUAAUGGAGAAUAACCAACUGAAUAAGAAGAAGAGAGAGGAAAAAAUGAUGUUGGUGAAUGGACAUGGUGGUGCGUUUGGAAGGGUAGAUAACUGGGACGAGAAUGAAAGUGGAUUUGCUCAAGGAAGCAUCAAUACGCAUGGUAAAGGGGGAAGUAGGACAGACGAGCAGAAAGAUUACACCUCUUAUGUGAACAGCAACAUAAGUGGAUAUCAGCACGCAGGUGUUAAUGAAGAUGGUAUAGUGGAUAGAGAUAAGUCGGGUAUCCUGGAAGAGGGAGAUACAACAACAGGAAUGUACAAAAGUAACAGCAACGAACUAUGGGAAAGGGAGAAGAAGUACAUGCUUUCAGUAGAUUGGUUGUACAACAACAAUUUCAAUAUCCUAGACAUUAAGGUGAAUACGCAUUUUUCUCACAACUAUCACAUAUCGUUAUUUUUUUUGUGUAAGUACACAUCAUAUAAUCUUUUUCUCCAUCCGAUAAAUAAGAACGAGCAUAUUGUGUCGUCUGUAAUCUUGAAUUCUAAAAACGAAGUUCUCACGGAUAAUGGAAACUCUUUUGUAUUGAGAUAUUUACUCUCCUUUUUGAGCAAUAAAAUUUCUAGCCUGAGGAAAUGCUACGCCAAUGCACUGUACAACUCCUACCUGCUACAGAUGCCAAUACGUAUUUUUCGACAUAAUAACUUGAAGAGCAAGUACAGUCCAAAUUAUGGAAUUCGGUACGAUGGGAUAUACAAAAUUGUAAAUGCUUUCACUAUCAAUGAUUAUUCUACAUCGGAGUAUAAGAGAGAUAUUCUCUACGUUUUUAAGAGGCUGUAUGUGGACAAGUGCUUUAUCCCACGAAGCUGUCGUUUUUAUGAAAAUCAGUGUGAGAGGAAAAAGUACCUGAUUGAAAAAAACUCUGUCUCAAUUAAUGUUUUCUUGGAUAGCGAAAUGGUUAUGACAUUGACUGUGCCAUAUUUGAAGAAUUACAAAUCUACUACGUUCAUGAAUUUUAACCACAUAUAUAAAUUCAUUCGGCGCAGAUGCAUUAAGGAGAAAUUGGCAUCUAAGUGGGUUCGUAGCGAUGUGCACAUGUACGAGAUGUGUAAACGAAGGCUGCGUCAGGAGGAGGCACUUCGGCGGGCAACUAUCCCGGAGGGGGUUCAAACUACAUACGAAGUGGAGAAAACAAAAUGUGAAUCUGGGAAGAGUACAUAUCAUAAUGCCGCCCCACAGAGAAGCACUCCUACUUCUUCUGUUGGCACCGGGGUAAGGGGCGCAGAGACCUUCCCCUUCUGGUGUCGCGGCAAGUACCUACCCCUGGUACUGGUUCUAGAAACCCUGAACUUUGAAAAGGAGAUAAAUGAAAACCAAAGAAUUAGAACAAAGAAUUUUAAAAAUAUCGAAAUAUCUAUUCGUAAGACAGAGAUCCCCAUAAACUGCGAAAUGGCGAAGAGACCAGCCCAUCUCUUCAUUCCCAUCAAAAGCAAAGAAGCGAUAGCAGCCCACAUUGAGUUGAAGAAACCAUUUGAUGAUACAUGGAAUCCAUAUGAAGAUCUCUCUGCUGGAAAGGAGAAAUUUAAAAUCCCAGUAGAAAACACAGUAGAUGAUUCACUUCCCCCUAUGAAUUUCACUUAUGUAAGUAAAACCUUAUUUUUUUCAAGGCUUCCUCCAUACAAUUUGUUACCACUUUGUUCAGGGUGCGCACCACAAAAUUAUAGUAAAAAGGAAUUCGAUGAAAUUUACAUUAACGGAUACUGUAAAGCCUUACGACAUAAACGAACGGGCAAAAUAUACUGCGAUGGAAAUAAGAGUUACGAUAUUAACGACUUUAAUGUUCUGGCUGCCUGUUCGGGAAAUUGUCUAUGUGAUCCUUUGAAGUGCACGAACAAAUUUCCUGAGGGAUUGCACUACCCUGUGAAGGUAGUGAAAACGCGUGACAUCGGAUGGGACAUCGUUUCUGCAUCUUAUAUAAAAGCCAAUUCUUUAAUUAUGCACUACGUUGGAGAAAUAACCACCAGGAAGGAAAUGAUUUCAAGAGAACACGAAUACGAUAAGAAAGGAUAUUUCAACUACUUCAUCGAAACGGCAGAGGUGGAUGAAACGUACACCGAUGACUGGAAGAUCCCUUGCAUUGACGCGUUGUUCAUUUCAAACGUAGCUCGGUUUUUGAACCAUUCGUGUGAGCCCAACGUGAAUGUGAUAACUAUUUGGCGCGGAGACAAAUACCCAUCCGUUGGCAUCUUUGCCUCCAGGGACAUCAAGCCGGAUGAGCCCCUCAAGUACCACUACGGUAUCAACUACAAGAACAUCAAGUGCAUGUGCAAUUCGAAGAAGUGCAAGGGGUACAUCGGGUGA